AUGACUGACGCAAUAGUUCCUCUUUUAUCAACUAGCCUUACAAAUAAGGUUGUAGAAAAGACACGAAAACUCAUUUUUCAUCAGUUAAGACAGGAGAAUGCUAAAGAAGCAUUUGCAGACUAUGUUCUAGUAAUUGACUCCAAAAUUCCUUCUAAAGAGAAGGAAGAGUUUAAGACGAAGUUGGCUAACACUUGUAAGUUAGUGCUAGCAAACCUAGAGAAAGCAGGACUCGACUGUGAAUUGCGUCGGAGUAAAGAAGACAUGAUAUUUAUAUUUGUUCUAUGCUCUGCUGAAAGACUCAAACAAGAAAUUUAUCGGUCGAGAGUCCACGAUUGGCUAACUGGUGUGCGUAUUCGAGAUAUAGAGGAUGGUCAUGAUUCAGAAAGCGAUAUUCUUUUAACUGAGGGAGAACGAUUACGACUAGUGUAUGAUGUUAUUACAAGAUCCAUAAAGGAAAAUGGUGCGGGGAUUAAUCCGGGAUUAGGUGAAUUCAAAUUGGUGAACAGUUUAUUACCUAUUCAUAAUAAAGAGUAUAAUCAGACAUGGAUAAAAUCAUGGUCAAUGAAAUGGGUGAUUGAUAGAAAUGAUCUAAUGCUAUUGAGAGAUCAUUUUGGUGAAAAGAUUGCAUUUUACUUUGCAUUCCUUCAAUAUUAUUGUCUAUGGCUCAUUGCACCAACGAUCGCCGGAUUAUUUACAUACUUCUUUUUAUCCGAUUACUCUAUCCUAUUGGCAAUUUUUAUCGUCGUUUGGUCGGUUAUCUUUACGGAGUUCUGGCGUAGAAAAGAACGAGAAUUAUCUAUUUGGUGGGGCGUCCGUAAUUUUUCACGGGUCGAACAACGGAGACCCGAAUUCCAGGAAGAAUUUUAUGUAGUGAAUCAUAUCACGGGAGAACUGGAUCCCUACUUUCCAUUAUGGAAGAGAUGGUUACGGAGAAUUAUCGCGGCUCCCGUUAUUAUGGCAUUCAGUCUGAUUCUCGCAGCUGCUCUAUUGUUUUAUAUUGUAUUGGAAGUAACGAUCUCGGAAUAUUACACUGGACCAUUUCGUGAACAAGUGAUUUAUCUACCGACGAUCCUCUAUUGCGCAUUGGUCCCUGCAUUGAAUAUCGUCUAUGUAAAGAUUGCUCGACGCCUGAACGACUACGAGAACAAUGAGACUGAAUCGUAUCAUGAAUUUAGUUUGACACAAAAGAUUUUUGUAGCGAAUUUCUUGGUGGGGUAUCUAUCUAUUUUUUUUAUCGGAUGGAUUUAUAUUCCAUUCAACGCGGAAAUUGGUGAAUUCUUCCAGAGUAUAUUUGAUGCACUGGGAUUAUCGCUUACCUUAAAACCUGUCGGACCAGAAAGACUUAAAAAUGAGUUGAAAUAUUUUAUCCUUACCGGACAAGGAAUAAGUCUAUUCGUGGAAUUAAUCUUGCCGUACAUGACACGCGGAUUAGCAAAAGGUGUUCACAAAACAAUCUCUACUGGAAGUAAAAUAUUACAUCGUCAGAAUAGUCUUUCUGUUGAUGCCAGAAAUGAAGACGAAGAGGAAUUCUUGAGAAGAGUACGAAGAGAAGUUUUAUUGCCAGUUUAUGACAUAUAUGAAGAUUAUGCUGAGAUGAUCACUCAGUAUGGAUACGUCAGUCUGUUCUCUGUUGUAUGGCCUUUGACUCCAGUACUUGCAUUGUUAAAUAACUGGGUUGAGCUUAGAUCCGACGCAAUCAAAAUAUGUGUUCAUACGCGUCGACCCGUUCCUUCACGAGCAGAUUCAAUUGGCCCUUGGUUAGAUAAUCUAGCACUUAUUACAUGGCUAUCCUCAAUUACAAAUCCAACAUUCGUAUAUUUGUAUCAUCCGAACUCCACCGCAUUUACAUCCCCGUCGGCGGUUCUUGUAACGGUCGCCUUAAUUUGGUUUUCCGAACAUAUUCUAAGCGUCCUGCAACUCAUCAUUAGACAAUGCUUGUCGGCAUUUCCCAGUUGGGCAGAUGAAUUGAUAUUAAAAGAAGAGUAUGAGUUGAAGAAAAAAUGGCUGGAAAAAGUCGAGAUUCCCCCGGUUGCUCCACCUGAACAUAGCGUUCAAGAGAUUAUUGACAAUAGAGAGGAGAAGGGUAGUUGGUUUUGGCGAAAUGAAAAACGACAAGAUAUUAAUGAACGAUUGGCAGAGAUAUUUCAAGGGUUACAUUUAGAUUGA